AGAAAAUUAGAGAAUGGGUUUUGGGAAAUCAAAGAUCGAGAUGAAACUCAUCGAGUCACUCGCAGCUCGGAAUGUGUGCUUCACCAAGCGGAGAAACGGGCUCUUCAAGAAGGCAUCCGAUCUCUGCCGCUUAUUCCCGGGAGUAAAAGUGGCGGCCGUCGUCUUCUCUCCGGCCGGAAACCCGUAUGUGUACGGCGACCCAAAUGGGAUUUUCGAGCAGGCCGGCGGCAGUCCUCUGCCGUUAUCCUGUGAUCGGGGCGAGAAUACUGCUUGGAAUAGCGGCGGACCAUUGGCUGACGAAGUUAUUGAAGAAGUGAUCCGAGAGGUGCAGCAGAGGCAGCUGCAGGGCGGGUGUCCUGUUUUUCCUCCGCAAUAUCCUUCGCCGUCCUCUGUUCUGGCCGGCGGCCAUCUUAUUUCUGAGCCCUGCGGCUACUCACCGAUUGAGAAGGAGACAAUCAAUACUCCAGAGAUGGUUGGUUGGGAAGAUGAUUGGCUAAUUGAUGGAGAAGAAAUCGAAUCAAUGAUCCGAGAGUUGCAGCCGCAGCAGGGCGGCGGUCCUGCUUUUCCAGAAUAUUCCUCGCCGCCGUCCUCUGUUCCGGGUGAUCGUCUUAUUUCCGGCCCCUCAAUUCAGCCGGAGAUACUCAGAGAAGAAGAUGUGAGUUCAAUGAUCCAAGAGUUGCUCUCGUAGCCACAUACGGCCAUACCAUUUUUCCAUGAAAUUUGGUUCGAGGCAUGGAAUCGGCACAUAAAUUAGGAAUACCAUUAUGAGAAUUGUUUUUACUCGUAUUAUGGGACGAACAAAAUUAAAGUUUUAUCAAUCCCAUAAUCACAAUUACUGUAUUGUUACUAACAUGAUUUGUUCAUAAGUUUGUAUUUCAUUCAUUUGUUAUACUGUAUAUGUCUAGAUUGACGCACAAACUAUUAUCUUGAG